GCAUUUGUGUACAAUGUGCUAUAGUCACUCUACAUUUUGCAGACCUGGUAUUAGCAUUUAAUGGCAUGGUAGGUAUCCCUCAGCGGUGUGCGCGUCCAUCGCCUCCUUCUGACGCGGAUUCCUCCGCGAUCGCAUCGCAUAAUGUAGCUCCUACACACGCUUUGGCUAUUAAUCGAUUGCCUCUAAAUCGAUUACGUGGUUUGGGUUUAUUUGUGACUACUGUAUUACUUGGUACGAAUCCUGUUUAUGGACUUCGCUAUUAUCCGCGGCGUAGCACAAACAACUCCUGUGCAUUCAUAUCCAAUAUUUACAGUUGCAAAACAGGAUUUGCGCAAUGCCGGGGGUUGGAGUUACAUGGUUCUAAGGUGGAUGAUAUUUUGGAGGACUUGAAGACUCUGACACUGCUGGAGACUUCUGAGUUGGUUAAGAAGAUAGAGGAGACUUUUGGUGUAUCAGCUAGUAUGGCUGUCAGUGCAGCUCCCGCUGUGUCUUCGGGUCCUGCGGUUGCAGCACCUGCUGAGGAGGACGAUGACGAGGAUGAGCGUAAGAAGAAGACGUCGUUUGAGGUUGUGCUAUUGGAACGUCCUGAGGAGCAGAGUGUCCGCAUGGCAUUAUUCCGUAUGUUGCGGAAGGUCAUGCCUGACAAGCCUUUGACUGAGGUGAAGGCUGCUAUUGACAAUGCUCCCAGUACUCUUAAGGUUUGCGGUCGUGAAGAGGAGGCUAAGGAGGCUUUGAAGAUCAUUGAGGGUGCUGGUGGUAAAGCUGAGAUUAGGUAGUAUUGGCCAUUUGGUCGUCU